AUGGACUCCUACACUGUCGCUCCACAUCUUGAGUAUUUCAAGCAGCCCCUAGCAGCCUUUACCACUGCUCGACCUGAAUUCGAUAGCUUCGGCGUUGGCGCCUACAUUUUCUCCACCUGCUCGCGCCAAGAUGCGGCCAACACGCCGCACAUUCUUCUCCUGCAACGCGCGCUGACGGACUCGAUGGGCGGCUGCUGGGAGGGACCUGGAGGUGCCUACGAGCCUGACACUGAUGCGAUUUUGCUAGACGGCGUGGUGCGGGAAGUGUUGGAGGAGAGCGGCUUGCACGUUUCGCGGAUCGUGGACCUGGUUGCGGUGGACAGUUGGAUGCGUACACGCCGGAGUGAUGGCACCAAGCAACGAAUCGCCAAAUAUACGUUCAUCGUCGAAGUGCAUGAAGCAAUGCAACAAUCGCAGGCUGUACCGUACGAGGACAUACCCAUCCGGAUGGAGGCAUCCGAACAUCAGGCCUUCGAGUGGGCCGUGGAGGAAGAUGUUCGGCUUUCGUUGACUCCAGGACAAGGCCCGUACAAGUUCCCACCGGGUCUCAUCAGCCACCAAGCUCCUAACAUCCUCCGCGCGUUUGAACUUUUUGGGGCGCUGCAAGCCCAGACCAUGUGA